UCUUAAUAUUAAAACCAAAAAAAAAAACUUGGUUAGUCAAACCAAAACACAAAACUAUUCUACCCAAAAAGUAAACUCUCUUAUAUUGCUCAUUUUUAUUAAAAGUCUUCUUUUAUUUUCACUAUAAAUAGUUUGAAAGCCUUUUACAUAGAAUUAGACCUCAUACCCAAAUCAAGAAUAUUACCUCUAAUGGCUACCCGCCCUUCAGUGAGACACCCGAGCCACAACCAUCCUUUACGCGGUCACAAAGCCCAAGUUGAAGACGAGAUCAUCUGCUCUGGUUGCGACCUAGACCUAAUCGGUGCCUAUUUCAAGUGCACAAAGUCAGAGUGUGAUUACUUCUUGCACAAGUCAUGUUUCGAUCUCCCACGUGAGAUCCGUCACAAGUCUCACCCUGAUCACCCUUUGAUCCUCCUCUAUUCCCCUCAGAAUAAUCAUUCCACGUAUACAUGUGACGCAUGCGGUGAGUAUGGAUCGGGCUUCACUUACAACUGUUCUAUCUGCCAGUACGAUGUUCAUGUUGGAUGUGUGUCUAUGCCUGAGACCAUGAAGCAUGACGAGCACGCGCACCCGCUCGCUUUGAUCUACAGUGCUCCUUGCCCAAAUGAUCAUAUAUUUACCUGCGAUGUUUGCAAUGAAACUAUGCCGCAUAAUCUGUGGUUGUACUAUUGCCAGAAAUGUGACUACGGUGCUCAUUUACAUUCAUGUGUUGCUGAAGAAGAGGAAAAGCCAGAGAAAGGAGGAAGAGGAAGAGGAAGAGGAGGAGAAGGAGGAAGUAGUGGAAAUGGAGUGAACAGAGGAAGGAGCUCGGCGAAUUCAGAGCUGGCUGCGAUGUUGAAGGCUCAAAGAGAGAUGGAGCAGAUGCAGAUUGCUCUUCACUUGGAGAUGCAAAGAGCUAAGAUUGAUAAUAAGUCAAGAAAGCAUAUGCUCAAAAUGAUCUAAGAUAUUAUGAACUCAUCUAUUGCUCUCGGAAGAAACUCUAAACAGUGCCGGUCCGAGCAUUUGUGAGGUCCUACACGAAAAAUAAAAUGAGGCCCAAUAUAUUUAUAAGUUUUAGGGCUAAAAUUUUUUUUU